AUUUCUUUUAUUUUCCUCUCCGUUCCACCCAUUUCAGUUCCACCCAUUUCCUUUCCUUUUUCCCUCGUUCAGUUGAACUCGGAAACGGGGUUAAAUUCCACUCGGGAUCAGGGUGUUAGAGAAAAAGUGCAAAUUUCGCUGCCCAUUAUUUUUAUAUAUCUGUUUUCAUAACGGUGUACGGUGGUUCUUCAAGUUUCCCUAACAGUUUCAUUUUAGCGGCGAUUUAUUAAACCCUAACGAAGACAAUUGAAUUCUGUGAUUUUCCACAGAAUCAUAAACAUCGGCUGUUGCCUCCACUGAUUCUGGUAUCGUCAGCUAUGAAUACGCGAAGAGAUGUGCGUGGAAACAGAGCUGCUCUAUUUGAUGAAAUUGAAGAUGGUGGAAUUAGAGCCUCAUCUUCUUACUCCUCCCAUGAAAUUGAUGAACAGGAGAAUGAUAGAACAAUGGAUGGGCUGCAAGAUAGGGUUCUUAUGCUGAAAAGGUUGACAGGUGAUAUCCAUGAAGAAGUAGAAGGUCAUAACCGCAUGUUGGAUAGAAUGGGGAAUGAUAUGGAUUCUUCAAGAGGUCUACUCUCUGGUACAAUGGAUAAAUUCAAGACGGUAUUUGAAACUAAAUCAAGCAGAAGGAUGUUUACACUUGUGGCUUCAUUUGUGGUGGGUUUUUUGGUGAUAUAUUAUCUGACUAGAUAAAUAAUUUGGGAUUCAGAUGAGAACCAAAAUGGAUGUUGGAAUUUGCAAGUGGUUGUUUGUGUAAAGAAAUCCGGAUGAAAUAGAGAUUUAUUUGUGUGCUGUGCUGUGGGUUUGAAGUUUGAGGAUAAAGUAUAUCGACUUUUGACUGUUUGUACUUUGUAUAUGUAAUCUGUUGGCUUCUAUUAUAUAUUUUUUUUUAUCGUGAUUGGAUGCAC